CGAAAAUGAAGUUUGGUUUGAAUACAUCACUAACAGCCCGAGGAACGCCCCAUUAAAAUAUGCGUGGCGGCACCGGUAUAUAUACAGUCUAGUGUACAACGCGAGGUCAGACAAGUAUCAACACACAUUAAUUAACGGUAAUCAGUUAGUUGGGAUAUUCCUACUUCUACAGAGCAACAUGGCAUACUACAGAAUUAUUUGUGUCGUACUUCUGGUCAUUUUCGCUUACUCCCAAACAGGUGAAACCUCGCCAGUUCCAGAGAAAAAGAAGUACAUGUCGCCUAUGCAGCAUUUCAUAUUGAUAACCAAUAAAUACAGGGUGCAUAAAACAGAGUCUACAGGAAAUACUACCACUACCGAUCAAGGAAGCAGUCCGGAAUCUUCCGCUACCGGAAAUAUUGCUCUCCAGAGUCUAGAAGCAAACAGCACAAAAACUGAUGGCGUCACAACUACCCAAACAGAAGAUAGCUCCACUACUUCACCAUUAACGGAAGCUCCUACAACAGCCAGCAACAAUACAAGCGGGAAUUCCCAGAAUUCGGAAAAGCUGACAGGGGGAACUACUUCGUGAUGGUAGAGCUUGAUACAAAUUGUGCAGAGUAUGGACAACUCGUGCAAAGUAAAGGCGACCACACUCGCCCCUCCCUGACCUCAGCUGCCGACUCGGCGUGGCAGAUGAUGCGAAGAAAGUUGUCACAUACAAUAGAUUCUGAAUCCAUGAACAAGAAAUCCAUUGAGCGUUAUGUUUUACAAUUUACCUUCAUUGGCUUUGUUUGCUGGCGAACAAUAGCUAAUUAUAGACAUGUAUUUAUGAUAAUUGCAGCUUUCGUUCAUUCAUUGCUAUUCAGUUUAUUUUUAUUCAUGUGUUUUCGUUACGUUAUUUAUUUCUGUGUUCUCCUUGUCCUUUAUGACAAUUACAGUGUACAAAUAAAUCAUAUGUUAACCAAAUA